AAGAUCUUAUCGUCCAGCUUCUUUCUUUUUAAUUAAGCUCUGAAUGAAAAAUUAACUCUUUCUCGGAAUCAUUCACUGGCGGCUCCAUCAUGGAUGCGCGCCAUUCAAACAGCUGUAAGACACACCUUCGCCAAUCUCGUCCACCAUUGGCGACCGACAAUCCGUAUUGCUGACGUAACAAUUAUUCUUUCCAGGCCUGGUAUGCUGUUCUGUUUUACCAGAUGUGUAUAAUAACGAGUGAAAAGGUAAAGGGAAAACUAGCUUGCAGGUUGCUAUUCAGGAUAUUACCUUAAAUAUUCCACGUGGAAUUCUCAGCCAAGUUAAGAGCAAAUCCAGCAAGCUAUUAAUAAUAGCGGAUCGUAAUAAAUAACAGUAAUCAUGCUAAACAGUACAAGAAUUUCUGGAUUGCGAAUUUCCCAAAUAAAAUUUCCAAGAACUCUACACAGACGAACCUCAAAUGCUCUUGUGUUGACGAGGUGUUUAAGUACUAAGAAGGAAAAACACUCUCCACGGAUAUUAAUUACAGGAAGCUUAGGUCAACUCGGAACAGGACUUGCACAAAAAUUAAGAACGCGAUAUGGGGCAGAAAAUGUUAUUAUGUCAGACAUUGUUAGAGCUCCAGAAGACAUUUUAAAUUCAGGUCCAUACAUCUACGCAGAUAUUUUGGAUUUUAAGAAUCUCCAAGAACUAAUAGUAAAUUAUCGAGUCGAUUGGUUAAUACACUUCAGUGCACUUCUUAGUGCAAUUGGAGAAGAUAAUGUACCGCUAGCUAUGCGAGUCAAUAUUGAAGGAAUGCAUAAUGUCAUGGAAUUAGCUAAGCAAUACAGAUUGAAAAUUUUCGUUCCAAGUACGAUAGGUGCUUUUGGGCCAGAUUCUCCCCGAAAUCCAACACCUGAUCUUUGUGUUCAGAGGCCGCGUACCAUAUAUGGGGUUUCUAAAGUCCAUGCAGAAUUACUUGGAGAGUACUAUCAUUUCAAAUAUGGUUUGGAUUUUCGAUGCCUUCGUUUUCCUGGAGUAAUAUCCAGUGACACUGCACCUGGAGGAGGAACUACAGAUUAUGCAGUUCAUAUCUUCCAUCAAGCUUUAAAAAGUGGCAGAUUUGAGUGCUAUUUGGAUAAAUCAACAAAGCUACCCAUGAUAUAUAUUGACGAUUGUCUGAGAUCUCUCAUUGAACUCAUGGAAGCUCCAUCGGAAUGUCUCAGACUUAGAACAUACAAUGUUGCAGCAAUCAGUUUUACACCAGAAGAACUUGUUACAGCAGUGAAAAAACAUAUUCCACACCUAGAGGUAGUUUAUAAGCCAGAUUACCGUCAAAGUAUAGCCGAUUCUUGGCCUCAAGAAUUUGAAGAUAUAAAUGCUCGAAAAGACUGGGGUUGGAAACAUAGAUAUGGACUAGAUGAAAUAUGCACUGCCAUGAUAAAUAUGUUGAAGCCUCAAUAUACAUAAUUGCAAAUAUUAUGGAUGUCUGGAAUAUUUGCUUAAAGGAACUGAAGUGAUGUGAAGAUUCAACCAUACGAAAACUAUCUGCAGUGAAACUGACCUAAGCAACUGGUAAUGCAGAAAAUUCCAUUGAUGAAAUAAUAUCAAGGUAUAGGUUUGCCAUAUCUAAUAUAGAAAAGCGCCGGAAGCAUUUCAGUAUUGCCCAUCCUCUUUGCCAAGCUCAGUAUAAAACAUAAACAAAUUUGCAUGAUUUAAUCUCAAAUAUUCAUAUAGGCAUAAAAGUAAAUAAUUUAAACAUUGAAAUGAUGUUUACUUUACAUUUUGGUUCUAAAAUAUUUUCAUAAAUACACUGCAGUAAAUUAUAAAAUUUGAAGAAGCAAAAGAAAAAAAAAAAAAUAUUUUCAAGGAAUAGUUUUAUUCUAUGACAGACAUGUUGAAAUUGGAAUGGGCCAAGUAUCCAAGGAAAAUCUCAAUGUCUAGCAGUUAACUCAACAGAAAAUGAUAGUCAAUACUUGCAUACAGAAAAAUUCUCAGUGGUGACUGACAUAUACGCCCAUCAGAAAAGUGCCUAAAUUGAUGGAUCAGAAAUCAGCCAGAAGAUAUAGUACUUGAAGUCUACAAAAUUGUAUUUUUAUGUAAAUACUUAAAUUCCACUGGUUUUUAAAUUAAGUCAAAUUUACGAAUAACUAUAAAAAUUAUCUUUGAGAAGUCUAGUUUAAAUUAUGUAUUCAAAACAAAUAUAAAUGUAAUGAUAUUCAACAAAGAUGCUUUAGCAAUACAUUUUAUUUCAUGUACACAAAUAUAUCACAGCUAUAACAAAACAUCAAAUGAACAUGUUAUUUCACACACAUGGG